GUUUUUAUUUCAGUUUAUUUCUCUUUCUUGUUUUUAUAUCGGUUGAUUUCUCUCUCUUGUUUUUAUAUCAAUAAAUUUUUCUCCCUCUUGUUUUUAUAUCAUAUUUCAGGAUGUGAUGCUCAGAAAAUCUUUCAUCCCAAAACAAACAGAACUUAA